AUGGAGCGACAAUACUCCGUGCAUGAGAAGGAUAUCAUAGCAAUAGUCCAUUAUUUGUGGAUGUGGUGUCAUUAUCUCCUCGAUAGAUUAUUUGUGGUUUACACAAACAAUGUGGCAACAAGCUGCUUUCUGACACAAUACAAGCUCAUGCCAAAGUACGCUAGUUGA